AUGAGGGUCGAAACCUGCCAUUUCUGCUCCCAGCCAUGCUAUCCAGGCAAGGGCAUAACAUUUGUGCGCAAUGACGCCCGUACAUUCCGCUUCUGCCGCUCAAAAUGCCACAAGAACUUCAAGAUGAAGCGACAACCCCGAAAACUGAAGUGGACUAAGACUCACCGCGCCCUCCACGGCAAGGAAAUGAUCGUCGAUUCAUCACUCCUCCUCUCCCAAUUUGCCAAGAGACGAAACGUCCCCGUCAAGUACGACCGCAAUUUGGUGGCAGCAACUCUCAAGGCCAUGGAAAGGGUGGAGGAAAUCAGACAAAGGCGGGAGCGUGUGUUUACCAAGAGAAGACUGGCCGGCAAGUUGGCGCGGGAGAAGAAGAGGGCGGAAGACAGGAGGGUGGUGGCCCAGGGAGAACAUCUUAUUCGCAAGGAGCUCAGGGAACGAGAGGAACAGGAUUUGCCGUUGGGAGCCCAGGCAAACAAGAAUAUCGGACAAGUUAUGGGUACGGAAAGGCUACGGACGAAGAAGAAGACAAGGCUCUUGGUGGAUGGUGGAACGCAGGACGAGAUGGAAAUCGACUGA